AUGUCGACUAGAGCGCGCCAGUUGUUUGCUGCUGGAUUCAAGACAGUCGACGAGAUCGCAGCCUCCGAACCUUCGGCUCUCGUCUCCGCCCUGGCACCCUUACUCUCACACAAGGCUGCCAAGGAUAUUGUUCAGGCCGCGCGCAUGAUCCUUGCUGACAAGGUGGACUCUAUCAACAGGGAGGCAGCUGAUAUUGCAAAACUCUUCGCCCCGUCCACCGUUUCUUCGACGGACGACAGCUCUAGUGGUGGUAAAGCUAUGUCCCCAGAGACCUCGACUUUCGAAGCCAGCGACAAUGCCUUAAAAGAUAGAGGUGCGCAGGAGGACGAAGAUGAAGACUUAUUUGCUUAA